UUUUUUAAAUGUGAGAAAGUUUCGCCGAUAAGCAAUGGAACAAUAGAUAUCACAAUUGCUAUGGACUUUAAACAACUUUGUCCAAACACGGAUCUUUGCCGGGUUGAAAAUUCCAGCAUUUCGGAAAACCACACUGACUACGACAUGUACUAUUUACAUAUUAUGGAUAAAAAAUUGGCAUGCUGUAGGGACUGUCUGUGUACGGAUUGUGACAGAGAUUGUUGCCCAGGCGUCAACCUUAAGCCACUUGACGAAGAGGAAAUUGUUGGCAUUAAAACAAAAUCUAAAGAUUGCAAAUACCCACAACUUCGUCCAUUCGACGGUUCCAAGAAGAACGUUGACCCGGUGGAGAUGAUAGUCCGCUGUCCUGAUGCUUUCAUAGACGCCAACGUAACUACAAAGUGUGAAGAGAACUACAUAUUGAAUUCAAAUAGUGGCUCAUAUGCACUAAACUUGCUUCGUCCCGUAAGCUCGAAGAUGAACAACAUGACCUUCAAGAAUUAUUUUUGUGCUAAAUGUCACGACUUUGAUGACAACAGAUUUACACAGUGGGAAACGACUUUAACUUGUGAUUCCAUGGCAAGCGAGAUACCAAAUAUACAAAGCUUCAGAGACAUUUAUCCCCAACUAGCUAUACACGACCACUGCAAUGUAGCAUUCAGGCCCCCCUUGGACUUUUACCCGCAAGUUUGCGAAUACGGAAUAUCUCGUUGUAACCAGACUGGAAAAUGGAGGGUGUAUGAUGACAUGUUGGAGAAGGCAUGCCUAUCAUAUACUUCCACAUACAAGUUCCAGUACAAGAAUGUCCACUGCGCACUCUGUAAUGGUUUUGAGAGAGAAGAUGUAGAGCCAUUUUGCGGAUCCAAUGCACAAAUGGAUCCUGUUUCUUCACAAUUCUCAUUUCUCGCUCUGCUGGAUUUUACUGGCUUGGAAGAUGGCGAAGAUCAGUUCGAAAGCGAUUGCUCUUCGGGAAUGAUAUACGACAUAUUUCAGCGAAAAUGUCGCGAAAUCUUCUGUCCAAAAAGCUAUUUCCUUGAUGGUAAUGAAUGCCGUCCAGUCAUCAAUGGCGAGUCCCGAUACACCUUUGGGCCUUUUUCCGUCAUCAGCAUGGACAUCACGUUCCAUCUCAAGCCGCUCGGGAGCCUUGGAGAAGAUUCUCUGUCUACAUUUGAAUUAUCAUCCGAUACUAAUGUUGCACGCAUUUUAUACAACAAAUUAAUGAUUCCACCAUUAGGUCAACAUCGCCAAGCAAGGGUCGAAAUCUGUAAUUUAAGAAGUUUUCUAAAAAUGACGAAAAGUAUGAAUGAAACAAUUGAAGAAAUUCGACAAACGAAUGAAUCUGCACUGCUUUCAAACAUUGAUUUCAUAGGAAUUCACGUUCAAUUGAAGGUGUUUGACUUCACUGACCUUACCUCUUUGAUAGAUCAUACGGCGUCCGUGAUAAGAGGAACAGAACUGAUGUUUCAAGAUUUGCAUUUAAUAUACCAGGCUUUUGAUGAUCUUACUUUUCUGGACUAUCAUACGACUCUCGGGUUUGAUUUUAAAACAUUUUUAAGAGUAAUAGAUUUAAACGCAUCCGCGAUAACGACGACGCGACUGUUAGGCAGUUUUGACGGCGCGGAUGGUCUAGGAAUAAUGCCGUUGUUUAACGAGGAGGAUACAUGGCCAUGUCAGUCAUCGAUAUCUAUUUUUCCAACACGUAGGUGUCCUCUUGUUCUUUUCCCAAAAACAAUUGCAAACGUCUUAACAGAGGAUGCUACAGUUGAAGUUAUUGUUAAUGGGCACUAUCUUCAUUUUUACAGAUGGAUCUUGUCUGGAAAUGGCCAGGAAGUGUUUGUUUGUUGGAAUGAGUACCUACAAAAUAUGGAGAAACAAACAUCAAAUGUUGAUGACAUAAAGACAACUGCCGGUGAUACCGGUAUGAAAAUACUGACCAUUGUGUGUUUGUGUUUCUCAGUAGUGUCUUUGAUAGUCACAUUCAUUGUUUACUCUGUUCUUCCACCACUGCGGUCUCUACCAGGAAUGAACAAUAUGGCGUUGGUGAUUACAUUGUUUAUUGCACACUUUUUGACACUCGUAAAUACUUUGACCGAGAGUGUUUCUAAUAGCUUAUGCACUGUCAUUGGGUUGCUGUUACACUUUUCACUUCUCUCGAGUUUUGCUUGGAUGUUUAUAUGUUCUUUUCACAUGAUGAAGGUAUUUAUAACCAUCACGGACCGAUCAUUAUCAACGCGUCCAUCAAGACAAUUUUUGAAAUAUUUGGCAUGGGCAGAACUAUUUUCAACAGUUGUCGUUGUUUUACAUGUUCUCGUGUCUAAGUUUACUACCGACGAUAUUGGCUACGGUGCGAAUACCUGCUAUAUUGACAGUUCUAAAAGUAUAGUGUACUUUGUUGGAGUUCCCAUAGGCGUCAUUGUCCUUCUGAACAUUGUAAUGUUCGUUUUUGUCGUCGUCAAGGUGAGCACAAUGCCCGAAAUGGGCAAAGGAAGUAGUACACAUGACCGUAACAACCUGGCCAUAUUUGUCAAACUCUCCACCAUAACUGGCAUGACUUGGAUCUUUGGUUUCCUCUACCAGUUUAUCGAGUUCGACCUCUUUGCCUAUUUGUUUAUAAUUCUUAACGCUGGUCAAGGUGUGUUCAUUAUGUUGUCUUUCGUAGUAAACGUACGCGUGUUUAGACAGUUGUGUGCCCUUUUCGGUAUCCGGAUGCAGUACUUGCAUACGACGGAUUCAACAAAACUGACGACUACCAAUAGUGUAAAAACUAUUAAUCACUCUAAAAAAUGAGGUUUUAGUUAUUGAAGUUACUUUAUCAGUUUAUAUGUUUGUUUGUCAAUAUAUUUCAUUGUUCUCGUGUUGGUAUUUCUACCGAUGAGGCAUAUAUUUUAAUUUUGUAGUUAUAAAAAUCCUUAGGACAAGUUUCAUGUAUUCCAAAGUUAAACUUUAUGUAGUUUACACCCCAAGUAAACUCGUGUUCCAGUGAAAUAUUUCACUGUCAAUUCAAAGGCGGUAGAAGUUAGUUAUUUUUAUUCGUGUGUUGUCCGUUUGUGGUGCUUGAACUCUUGUGUCUCUCCUGUUGUGUCGCUCUGUCCCCAACCUUGCACUUCUAAAACCAGGGAUUACUUUUUUGGUUGUUCUAUAGGGAUUGUCCCUGUUUUUUACUGUAUUAUUGAAAUCGUUGGAUAUUACAUUUAUACGACUGGGUUAAGCUU